CAGCUUCAAAGAGUUCGUCUCGGUGCUAUCUAAGCUUAACGGCGAGAGCAAGAAAUACGUAGCACCAAAGAAACCAACAUUGAUGUCUGCAGCAGAGACAGACUCCCGUGAUCUUCCACGCGACUCGACGCACUCGUCCAAGAGUGUUCGCUUCGUCUACAGUGCUCUCGCUGCCGUGUACCACGACCAUACCCCUAUCAAUGAAUGGGACGAGAAUGACUACGCGUAUAUCUCUGUCCUUGCUGCCGCACUGGAUUCCGGAGAGCUCGAACUCAGCGACGUCAGGUGGAAGGGUCCAGGUCAUGAGACCACAAAGGCGCAGAGAUUCGUAGCAGAAGCGGUGGUGGCCCAGAUGAAGGUCGAGAGGAAGGAGGUGGAGGAGAGGAACGACGAAGAUGCGGAGGCAGAUCUCAACAACGAUCAUGCUCUUUUGCUUUCAGCCCUCAACCUGGACGACGAAGAGAAUCCCAUGUCAACUUACCUUAACUGAAUGUUCCCUCUGUAAAGAACCCUUAUAGCAGACAAGUGUACGAGUAGACAAAGUGUAUGAUGCUGAAUUGAACGUUGAUUAUGUUCUUUUU